AUGGCUGCCGCACCCGCCGCCGAGCUCAAGCUCGACCCCAAGUACGAUCACUACGACUACCCCACCGUUGCCCCCGUUGCGCAGAACGGGCACCCUGGCCACACAACGCCUGAGCAAGAUGCGCAGGUUUUCCAGCUGCGAACCCAGCUGGAGGCGGCCGGCCACACCAAGAACCUCGACACAUUGACGCUGCUGCGAUUCCUCCGUGCCCGCAAGUUCAAUGUCGAGCUUUCCAAGCAAAUGUUCAUCGACAGCGAGAAGUGGCGGGCGUCGUACGCUGACGUGGGCGUGGAGGAGCUUGUCCGCACCUUCGACUACAAGGAGAAGCCCGAAGUGUUCCAGUACUACCCGCAGUACUAUCACAAGACCGACAAGGACGGCCGCCCAGUGUACAUCGAGCAGCUCGGAAACGUCGACCUGACUGCCCUUGGCAAGAUUACCAGCCAGGAGCGCAUGGUGCAGAACUUGGUCUGCGAAUACGAGAAGAUGGCCGACCCCCGUCUGCCCGCCUGCUCGCGCAAGACCGGCCACCUCCUCGAGACGUCGUGCUCCAUCCUCGACCUGAAGGGCGUUGGCAUCGCCAAGGCCACAUCUGUCUACGGCUACCUGCAGGCUGUCUCGGCCAUCUCGCAGAACUACUACCCCGAGCGCCUCGGCAAGAUGUACGUCAUCAACGCACCCUGGGGCUUCUCCGGCGUCUUCAGCGUCGUCAAGAAGUUCCUCGACCCCGUCACAAGCGCAAAGAUCCACGUCUUGGGCUCCGGGUACAAGACAGAGCUGCUCGCCCAGGUCCCGGCCGAGAACCUGCCCAAGGCUUUCGGUGGCUCGUGCGACUGCCCCGGUGGCUGUGCGCUGAGCGACGCCGGCCCCUGGCAGGACGCGCAGUGGGUCACAGAGCCCAAGUGGGCGAAGAAGAGCGACGAUGCCAUCAACAACGCCGCGAUUCCUCCCACCACUGAGGGUGACGUCCCUACCAGCGCCGCCCCUGUCGGCGGUCUCGAUGGCGCCGCCGCCCCUGCCGGUGCUACCCAGCCGCACGCUUAG